GCAAGAGGCCUACGAGAGCAAGAGCUGGAGAAGUCCUCCGAGGUGCAACGGUUGCGGCAGCAGCUGGAAGCUGCACAGGAGUCCCUCCAAGAGCAGCGCGAGAUCCAGAAUAUCGUGGUGAACGAAUGCUGCAGCGAGAUCGUCGACCUCCGUCGCAGGGAG